CGAAAGGAAAAUGUUUCCCUCCUUGUAAAAGGUAAAGAGCAAAAUUCAAAGUGGAAAGCCCUUCCCGGAAGAGAGUUCGGAAACCCCAACUCAACCAAUUUUGAAUAUUGUGUGAAGAGAAGAGGGAAAGGCCUUCGGAGAGAGAUGGCGGAAGGUUCGAGAAACAUGGAGGUGGAGAAGCUCAUCUCCUACACCGACGACCUCGUUAAGGUGUUGCAGGACCCGCGCGACCACCACAGCCUCUCCCACUGCCUCCAACAAACCCACUUCCUCUCUUCCACCUGCCACUCCCACCUCAACGAUGCUCGCUCCUUCCUCCAAGAUUAUCAGAAAAAAAUAGAUGCAUGCAAACAGAAAAUAGAGGAAGCUAGAUCCGAGACAGCUUCUGAUGCAGACCUGGAUCUUCUGCAGAGAGAACUGGAGGAAGAACUUGAAAAAGAUCGCUCAUUGAAAGAGGAGUUUAGAGCCAUUAACGAAGAGUUUAAUGAUGUUGAAAAGCAAUGGAUUUCUGUCCAAGAGCAAAAGAAGAGUUUACAGCAAAUUGAGAAAAAUAAGCUGAGGACACAGAUGAUACUUUCAAUGUAUGCUUCUGUCACAAAUAUUGUGCCUAACUUGAAUGAACACUCCAAAAUCUCAGGCUAUGUUGUGGAAAAGGAUAAAGAUGCCGUUGAGAAGUUUGAAUAUGACACCUCAAAGAUGAGUGCCAUUGAUAUAAGUAAUGGUAUUUGGAAAAUAAUAAGCGAGUGAUGCCUGUCAACCAGAUAAGUCGAUAGUUGCAACAAUGUAUUAUUUCUCAAAUUUGCGUUGCAUCUUUGCAUUCCUGCAAUUCACUUAUUUAUUGCUGUAAGAAUUCAAUGUCUAUGAAUGAAAAUCUUGCAUGUUGAUAUUGACUACUGAGGGUGUGAUAGAACUGGACCAGGGUAUGAUGAAAAAGAAAGAUUGAAUGAAACAGGAGAGAAAGAGAAUGAGUAUUAUCUGAUGGUGAGAGAAUUAUGGAGAUAAAUUUGAGGAACCCGGCUCCUCUCACUCAAUUGUCUAAUUUUGUUACUCUUAUGGUCCUUUGUAUAACUCCUGCUAGCUAACUAAAUAACCUUCAACUAGUGAAUUAUCUAGCUGUUUCUUUUU